UUGGGCCGAUGGGCGCAAUUGAUGGAUUUAUAAAGCCGCCUUCUCAUUAAGCCAUGGCCACAAUCUCUCCGGUCAAAUUUCAUCUCCUUCCUCCCUCCUUCCUCCUCGUCCUCCCUCUAUAAACUCCACUGUUCAACGAUUCCUUUGCUUGAAAUCCACACAAAUUCUUCCCUCUCCUUGCCAUGGAAAUGGAAGUGGUGGUGCCGGUGCUGCCGAUGGACUUCAACUUUGAUAGUACUUGUUCUUCUCCUUACAUGACUGCUCCUUCCAGUCCUCAGAGAUUUGGCAACUUCUUCUUCAGUGCCCCCACUAGCCCCACUCGUAUUUCCUCUUUCUACAGGGAGCUUAAUGAUGUUUCUCUUGCCACUAGUUCUUCUUCCAUUCCUUUUGAUUGGGAAACGAAACCUGGAACUCCCAAAUCAAGAAAUGGUAGUCAAGGUAAUUUCAGCAGUAAUAAUGGCAACUGUCAUGAAGAUUUUGACGAUGAUGAUGGGGAUUUCGAGUUCAAUUUUAGUGGUCAGUUAGAGAGGACUUCUUUAUCUGCUGAUGAGCUCUUCGAUGGAGGCAAGAUCCGGCCUUUGAAGCCACCACCUGGUUAUGAUUCUUCAGUUUCUAAUGUUUCUUCUCCCAGGUCACCUAGAUCAAGAACUUCACAGAAGAAAGAUUUUGACCCAUUUCAAGCUGCCAUAGAAGAAACAAGAAGAAGUGAAGCUAAACAGCAAAAACAACAGCAGCAAAGAAAGCAUGCAUCACAGACACAGCAACGUGGAAGAGAAAGAAACGUCUCAGGUUCUUCUUCUUCUUCUGCUUCCAAGUCUUCGAAUUAUGUACACAAAGGAAGCAGAUCUUUGUCUCCUUUAAGAGUCUCCGAUCUCAUGCUCGAUCAAGAAGAGGAGAAUUCCCAGGAUACUAAAACAGUCACUCCAACAACCGGCAAUCCCAAAUCAUCUUCCUCCUCCACCUCAUACGCAUCUUCUUUCUUGUCGGCAAUAUCAUUUUCAUCCAAAGGUUACAAGAAAUGGAAACUCAAAGAUCUCCUGCUAUUCAGAAGCGCAUCAGAGGGAAGAGCAACAGGAAAAAAUCCACUCACAAAAUAUGAAGCCUUGUCCAAAAGGGAGGUAACAGAGGACGUCAAAAAUGCAAGUUUCCGAUCAACAGAAAGCAGCGUGGGCAGCUCCUCCAGGAGAAGAGCUCAGGUAUCAGCUCACGAAUUACACUACACAGUGAACAGAGCAGUUUCAGAGGAGAUGAAAAGGAAAACUUUUUUGCCAUACAAGCAAGGGCUACUGGGUUGCUUGGGUUUCAACCCUGGUGUGCAUGAGAUUUCCAGAGGUAUUGGGUCUUUGACACGUGGAUGAUCCAGAUCCCUCGAUCUGUUUCUACUCUUCAAGCAUUCAGCUCUUUCUUAUUCUUUUUUUAUGUUCAUGAUUUUGAACUUUAAUGGUUAUCUUGAUAUAUUUGUUACUCACGUUACAGUACAUAAAAAAUGGUGUCACCGUCCAUAUGAAAAUACACACAAUUGUAUCAAAUGCAUAAUCAAUAAGACAGAAAUUGUGUGAGAGAGAGUUGACUUGUGUUGUGCAGUUGUAGUUGAAGUUGAAUCUGCUUGUGGAAAAUGAAUUCCUAAGCACAAGACAUGUAAUAAGCUUACAAAAUAAUAAUGUGGUAAUAUGAUGAGCUACUGUCUCUGUAACAUUUCAAUUU